AUGGAUGCUCUACGACUGGCAAAUUCAGCUUUUGCAGUUGACCUUUUCAAACAGCUGUGUGACAAAGGGACGACAGACAAUGUCCUUUUCUCUCCAAUAUGUCUUUCUACUUCCCUGUCCCUGGCUCAAGUAGGCACCAAAGGUGAUACAGCAAAUGAAAUUGGAAAGACAGAGACCAAACCAGUGCAGAUGAUGAAUAUAGAAGCUACAUUUUGUAUGGGCAACAUUAAAGAUAUAAACUGCAAGACCAUAGAACUUCCCUUUCAAAAUAAGCACCUGAGCAUGCUCAUUAUACUACCAAAAGAUGUGGAGGAUGAUUCAACUGGAUUGGAAAAGAUUGAAAAAGAACUCAGCCCUGAGACUCUGCAGGAGUGGACCAACCCCAGUACAAUGGCCAGCACCAAAGUGAAACUUUCAAUUCCCAAAUUUAAGGUGGAAAAAAUUGUCGACCCUAAAACAGUUCUGGAGAGCCUUGGAAUGAAAAAUGUCUUUGACGAAAGUACAAGUGAUUUUUCAGGGCUGUCAGAGACUAAGGGAGUGGCUCUGUCUAACGUUAUCCACAGAACCCGUUUGGAAAUAACAGAAGAUGGUGGGGAUUCUAUAGAGGUGCCAGGAUCUCGAAUCCUGCAACAUAAAGAUGAAUUCAUUGCUGACCACCCAUUUAUUUAUAUCAUCAGACACAACAAAACACGCAAUAUCAUUUUCUUUGGAAAAUACUCUUCUCCUUAA